AUGUUGGAGGAGUCUAGUAGUGCAAAAAGGGACUUUUCAGCAAGGGUAGCAUCUUUGAUAGAUAUUGAGACGGGUUGGUGGGAUGUCUCCAGGGUUAGAGCUCUCUUCAAUCUAAAAACAGCUUCAGAUGUAAUGAAAAUCCUUCUCAAUCCAGGGCAACAUGAAGAUGUACGGAUGUGGCAUGAGAAAAAUGGGGCAUUCAGUGUUCGAAGUGGAUAUAGAUUCUUCAAAAAUCUUACACAACAUGAUAUUUCUGAGAGUUCAAAUGCCCAUGAAGAGCAGAAAAUGUGGAAAGCCAUUUGGAAAAUAAGGGUUCCCAAUAAAUAUCAUGAUAUUAAAGCUGCUUGGCAGCAACUUUUACUUGAUCUAACAUUUUUCUUUGACUUAUGCAUAGUUACUGAAGCAGUUGUGUCUCUAUUACACAGAGGGGAUCAAGGUUUACUUAGCAAAUUUUUCUUAAUUGCAUGGUCAUUCUGGUAUAGGUGCAACAAGUGGACCAUUGAGCAUAGCCUACUGAACCCUUUGCAGACUGCAAACUAUGCUAUUAGUUUGCAAAAACUUGUACUCCCAGCACCUGCUGAACCAAACUAUUCAAUGCAGAAACUGGGUUGUUGGCGCACUCCUCCUGGUUUUUGCAAGCUAAAUAUUGAUGCUGCGUUAUGUUUUUACCUUAAAAAGGCUGGAGUAGGUGUUGUGCUUAGGGAUGAGAAAGAAAAUGUUCUUAUGGCUGUGAGUAAAUCUGAGCAUGAGCUUCAUGAACCGGAGUUAGUCGAAUUACUAGCCCUAUUACGAGGUCUGCAAUUCAAUUUGCACUUGGGGAUUUCCAAGGUUGUGCUUGAGAGUGAUUGUUUACUUAUGGUGGAAGCUUUGGCUACUAAUGAAGAUUUGUUAUCAAGCCAAAGUAACCUAUUAAAAGAGGUCAGAAAUCUGCUUAGCCAUUUCGAACAGUAUCAAGUUCAACGUGUAAUUAGAGGUGGAAAUCAAGUUGCUCACUUCCUGGCAAAGCAUGCAUGGUCAGUCUAUGAUUUAAAGAUGUGGAUGGGAUCUGUCCCUUCUUUUCUACAUCAAUAUAUAUGGCUCGAUCAAACCAAUUUGUAA